CAAGCAGAGGAGAGGUGGAGGACGGUGACUGGGGGAUCGACCAACCCCCCGCCGCCUUCUGCAACACAUCCUCUGUUGUGCGGUAAAGAUGGCGGCGUCAGAGGGGGCGCGCAGCAGCCGGACAACGGCAACAGCCUUUUGAAAAAGCGCCACAUUUCCGCAACUCUCGCUUGUUCGUUUUCGUACUUUGGUAACAUAUAUUUUCCGUCGGAGGGAACUGGGUGGCUGUCAAGCUACUUGGGCCGUUGCUUCAAGUAUAGAAGGGUGGAUUUCUUAUCGCCACCAACAUUAGCUAGCUUGGUUAGCCAAGCGAGCUAAUAGGGAAUAGCGGGGAGAAGAGCACGAAGGAGGGGGAAGAAGAGGAACGCAAUUCGGAGCUUAGGCGGCUACAGCUUACGGGAAUGUGAGCCAGGAGGGUUUUGCUCGCUUCGUCGCGAACGUCCUUACGAACUCCAAACUACCGGGAUGGGACAGCAGGUAGGCCGCGUCGGUGAAGGCGCAUCGACCGGACUCCAGCCGCCACAGCCCCACGCGUCCCAACCACACCAAGGGAAGGGGAACCGGGGAAGCGUCGCUGGGAGGAGACCCCGAGAAGCCGGCAGUAACACCGGUACACCGCCAGGCAGGACAGCUGCUAUCAAUGUGCCUGAUCCGUCAAUUAAUAUAUUCACCAAGCAUUCAGAAGCUCUCCACCGGCCGUUCGGCCUGGACUCUGCUGCCCUGACAGAGGCGGUACGCUGGAGCUCCAAGGAGAACCUGCUGGGAGCGGCUGAGAGUGACCCCAACCUGUUUGUUGCACUUUAUGACUUUGUUGCCAGUGGGGACAACACGCUCAGCAUCACCAAAGGCGAGAAGCUGUGCGUGUUGGGAUACAACCAGAAUGGAGAGUGGAGCGAGGUUCGCUCUAAGAACGGCCAGGGUUGGGUCCCAUCCAACUACAUUACGCCUGUCAACAGUCUGGAGAAACAUAGCUGGUACCACGGACCCGUGUCGCGCAGUGCCGCCGAGUACUUGCUGUCGUCCCUCAUCAAUGGCAGCUUCCUUGUUCGGGAAAGCGAGAGCAGUCCCGGACAGCUGUCCAUUUCCCUCCGCUAUGAGGGGAGAGUCUACCACUACCGGAUCAACACUUCCUCGGAUGGCAAGGUAUAUGUGACAUCUGAGAGCCGCUUUGCCACCCUGGCUGAGCUGGUCCACCACCAUUCCACGGUAGCCGACGGCCUGGUCACCACACUACACUACCCGGCGCCCAAGUGCAACAAGCCCACUGUGUACGGCGUGUCGCCCAUUCACGACAAGUGGGAGAUGGAGCGCACCGACAUCACCAUGAAGCACAAGCUGGGAGGUGGCCAGUACGGCGAGGUUUACGUAGGCGUGUGGAAGAAAUACAACCUCACAGUGGCGGUCAAGACACUUAAGGAGGACACCAUGGAAGUUGAGGAAUUUCUGAAAGAGGCUGCUGUCAUGAAGGAGGUCAAACAUCCAAACCUUGUUCAGCUUUUAGGUGUGUGUACAUUGGAGCCUCCGUUUUACAUCGUGACAGAGUACAUGCCACACGGCAACCUUCUGGACUACUUGAGAGACUGUGACAAGGAGGAGGUGAAUGCUGUGGUUCUGCUCUACAUGGCCACGCAGAUCUCCUCUGCAAUGGAAUACUUGGAGAAAAAGAAUUUCAUCCACAGGGAUCUGGCGGCAAGGAACUGCCUGGUCGGGGAGAAUCAUGUUGUUAAGGUGGCAGAUUUUGGUCUGAGCAGGUUGAUGACUGGCGACACCUACACUGCACAUGCCGGGGCCAAAUUCCCCAUUAAAUGGACCGCGCCUGAGAGCCUUGCUUACAACACCUUCUCCAUCAAAUCUGACGUCUGGGCUUUUGGCGUCCUGCUAUGGGAGAUUGCCACCUACGGUAUGUCUCCAUACCCAGGCAUUGAUUUGUCUCAGGUCUAUGACCUUCUGGAGAAGGGUUACCGCAUGGAACAGCCCGAGGGAUGCCCACCAAAGGUCUAUGAGCUUAUGAGAGCAUGCUGGCAAUGGAGUCCUUUAGACAGGCCAUCUUUUGCAGAGAUCCACCAAGCUUUUGAAACAAUGUUCCAUGACUCCAGCAUCUCAGAAGAAGUGGCAGAAGAGCUCUGUAAGACAGCCUCCUCCGGUCGCAGCGGUCCACUUCACUCGUUCAGCCAUGACACGCCCCUGUUACCUUCCAAAUCCCGUGCACUUCUCAAACACACGGAAAACAAGGAGAACAUCGAGGGUGGGCUGGACGGACGGACAGACCACGGCACUCACAGUCCCUCAGGCUGGACUUCUUUGUCGGGAGGUGAUGGACGCUCAAGCAGCUCCCCUGCUCUGCCCAGAAAACAGCAACCACGCGAUAAGUCCCCCAGCAGCCUUUUAGAGGACACACUGGACAUGGGGACGUUCACACGAGACCGCAAGACCAGCUUCUUCAGCUCCUUCAUAAAGAAGAAGUCAUCGUCUUCUUCCUGCUCACCAUCCUCCCAGCAUCAACAGAAUCUCCCAACGCCUCCCAAAAGGAGCAGUUCUUUUCGAGAGAUGGAGACGCAACCCCACAAGAAAUAUGAGCCUACUGCUGAUUUCAGCGCUCCUCCUCCGCUCCCACAGUCAGACAGUUUAGGGGGCUUCUCCGCAUCUCCCUCUCAUUCCCAUGGCGAGCCCGCCCAGGUUCAGUCACGCUGUUGUGGAGCUGCAUUUGGACAGAAGCCUUCUGGUGGAGGAUUUGUUUCACAGGUAACAAGCGGCAGCAGCUGGGGAGGACUCGCUGGGUUUUUUACCCCCAGGCUUAUCAAAAAGACCCUCGGGCUACGGACAGGAAAGGCGGUCUGCUCAGGGGAUGGUGGAUCCAUGGUGGGAGGGCCUAAACCUUUACCUAGGUCCAAUUCUACCUCCUCAAUGUCAUCUGGGUUGCCAGACCUGGAGCGUAUUGCUCUGACUUUACCCAGGAACCGCAGUGCUAAAACCCCUCUGGAGAGGACUGCCUCCACAACCUCCCAGCCAGAGAAUGGGACCACACGGCCCACUGAAACACUGCUCAGGAGGAUGGAUGAGGGGACCGCACAGAUCAGGGAAAGACCCAAAGCCAAGCUGCUACCCCGAAGCACUGCUGCAGAAGGGAGGGCCACAGGGGUGGGUGGGGAAGUCGGGGAAUCGGACGGCGUGUCUCGGGCGAGAGAGGAGUGUGCACAGCAAAGCUGGUCAUCCCCUUCCAAGACUUCUGCUUCAGCUGCUGCAGGUACACAAACUCACAACCACAAAGUUCCAGUUCUCAUAUCGCCCACGUUGAAGAACAGCCCAGGAGACGUGCACCUCGUCGGGCUGGACUCUCAGGGGAACCGCUUUAAACUGCUGUCCGAGCACCAAGCGGACCGGGACAGGCCACGGCUUGUCAAACCCAAGUGCGCCCCACCGCCUCCGCCGACCUUACGCAGCAUGCAGCACUCCUACAGCAGUGAGGGAGAGGAGCAGGUAGGAGCCACGCCAGUUGAAGUCAACGGAGACGCAUUAAAAGGUCAUAAAUCAGGGCGGUUGUCAGGAGGAGUAACCAUGUGUAGACCAACAGUUCCACCACCGCAAGUGCCUCCUGCUUCCUGCCCUGCUAACACAACUCCCACUAAAAUGGCCAACGGAUCACCCAGCACCACCUCUUCCUCACACUCCAAAGUGGGACUACGGAGAACCAGGCAGCAGUCAGAAAGAGUGCCACUGGAGCGCGUGAGCCGUGAGGCUUUACUGGAGUGCGCUGACUGCUUGAGCAGCGUCCUCCACAGCAGCCCCGAAAGCCCCUCCAGCAGCCAAGUACUGGACGCUGGCCACCAGCUGCUGGACUACUGCUCUGGUUACGUGGACUGCAUCCCCCAGAUGAGGAACAAGUUUGCCUUCCGGGAAGCAGUAGGGAAGCUGGAGCUCAGUCUGCAAGAACUGAGGGCCUCAUCCUCGGGAGGAGGUGGGGGGCUGAGCUGCGUGGGGGCCAAUGCCGUAUUAGAUAACCUGCACAGCUGUAUCAAAGAGAUUAGCGAUGUAGUCCAGAGGUAGCUGACACUAACACAGCAAGAUUCUCUUUCUGAUUCCUUUAAUACCGUAUUGACCCAAAUAUAAUAUGGCAGAUUAUUUUUUUUAUUAAUGAUGUUUCAUUCAUCACAUUGUGUUAAUCAUAUUUCUUCGCACCAUGAGUGUGAACCGAGCCAAGACUAGAGCAAAGAGUGUGUAGAAUUGACAAAGAGAUAAGAGAAAAUGUUCUACAAUAAUUCUGUUGUUUUGCAUAAUUCUCUAGACCACAAAUAUAAGACAACUUGUCAUUUUCAGAUUGUUUUUAAAACAAAACACAUAUUCGGGUCAAUGCGGUAGCUUUGGGAGGGUGUGGUAAUAACAUGAGAACAAUAUGUGUAAAGUACCUCAGAGAAAUCACUACAAAAUCGUUUUUAUUGUUUACAAGCCUAAAAUGCCAGUAUGGACAUGUCCAUUGUACAUAUAGGGGACUGCUUAAGCCAAACUAAAUCUGGUGAAAUGUUUUCCAGGCGCUUGUGAAAUGAAUGUCAAGUGUGUGUCACCAGCACACAUUGUCGCUGAAGUCAACACUCACUCUGCUUGUGUAUGUGUCUGUUCGUUGUGCUCAGCCUUACUGACAAUACCAGACCCACAUUUCUCUCCUUCUGCCAAGCUACACGUUUCGUGUGUGUGUGUGUGUGUGUGAUUCAUCGGUCGGGUGCACUGUGUUUCUCUGAGCAUUUUGCUGACUGUAGAGCAACUGAGGGACCAUAAGGAUUUUCUGAAAGCCAUCUUAACUAAGUAGCCGAUUUGAGGUAGUGAUGUUAAACAAAACACAGAUCAGUUUUAGUCAACAGGAAUUGCGGCCACAGUUUUAUUUGAAACAUGUUCGCCUUAUGUGCGUUUAUGUUAGGGAUGGGUAUUUGACUACAUUUUAUGGCUCACUUAAGGGAUUCAUUCAUUCAUUCAUUUUGUAACGCUUUUCCUCACAAGGGUCGCGGGGGUGCUGGAGCCUAUCCCAGCUGUCUUUGGGCGAGAGGCGGGGUACACUAGACUGGUUGCCAGCCAAUCACAGGGCACAUAUAGACAAACAACCAUUCACACUCACAUUCAUACCUAUGGACAAUUUGGAGUCGCCAAUUAACCUAGCAUGUUUUUGGAAUGUGGGAGAAAAUCCACGCAUGCACGGGGAGAACAUGCAAACUCCACACAGAGAUGGCCGAGGGUGGAAUUGAAUUUGGGUUGAUUACUGUUCAAUUAAGUAUAUUUUUUAAAUGAUGGGGUUGGAGAAAGGUUCUGAACUCCUGUUUUCUUGCCAAUGUUGCAUUGAACAGACGAGACUAACUGAAACGGAAUAAACACUACUGCUGGUUGUAGCCAAGUAGUGAACGCUGUUUUUCUUCAAUUGUUUCAGGAAAUGAUUAAAGGGGACCUACUAUGCUUUUUACAUUUUUAUGACUUUUAUGUUACAAUGUUGGAUUGUCAUGUUAAACGAUGCCAAAGCGUCAGAUGGAAGUGAGCCUGGAAAUACGUUUUGGAUGGCUCUGCACGCUCAGUUUUACAGUUUUUUUUCUACCACCACCUUCUACUGACGUUCUACCGGACUACCUUACAUAGGCUGCAGAUUGCCCUCAGUAAACAUGGACCUAGUAUGCAAAACUUCCCGGGAGCACUUGACCAAUCACAGCGGAGUGACUGUACCUAGAGGAGCGGGGUGGUGUGAAUUAAACAGACCUUUAUGGUCGAUAGAAAGUCCAUGGCAACACUGCAGAAAGAGAUGCAGAAUCUGGAAGCUCUAUAUAGCUUUCUGUGUGUGACUUAUCCUGUGCAGCUGCUCUAUAGGAGGCCACAACUCUAUACAAAGCGCUGAAAAUUAGCAUAACAGGCCCCCUUUAAUCAGCAAUGGUAAUGGUUUAGUUUUAUUUAAACAUGCAUACAUGUUACAGUGGAAUAUAUCACAACCUACAAUCAAUCUAGUAAUCAAUUAUUAAGAGCAUCUCUAGCUUGAAAUACAACUUGAUAUCUCAAUGUGGGCCAAAAAUUGUCAGUUCAUUUUUUUUUCCCUGUAAUUUUUCAUUCACUUGAUAUUUAAAUGUACAAGAUAUCCGGUGGGAUAUGUUCUGGUUGUCUACAUCUAUGAAUUUUUUUUAUCAUACAAGAACACAAGUGAUGCCAUAACACCAACUCAAUUGAAAAUGUAAAAACAGAGAAUAUAAGCAAAUAUUUACCAUUUUUUAUUUCCCCACAUUGUUUUUAUAUGCACAGCUUUUUGUUUCCUUGAAUGAAUUUCACACCUGCCAAGUCCUUAUAGCAUUUCAGUAUUUAUAUUGAGGAAAUCCAUUCGCACAACACUUUAUCCUCGCAUGGCAAAAAGAGACUCAACAGAAGCACAGGGUAGCGCACGUACUGUAAGAGCAGGCAUUGGAGGACCGCUUUCCUUCCAUGUGUACUUGCUCUGCUAUGGACAGUGCAGGACUCAAGUGUAUAGCCUUGUGGCCUCUGUGCCUCGCAUGGCUUCAGUGUAUGAAACCCAGCUUAAACACGCUAAUCGCACAGUACAUGGCCUCUCUAUAGGCGAACUGCAGUAUGUCAGUAGCACAUACGCAAAUUGUACAUGUUUGAUUCAAAGAAAAAUGAUUUCUAGAAUGUUAAUGUAUGAACUUGAAUUUUAAAUUAUUGUUUUUUUAAUUAAAAGCACAGAGCUAUUUUGGAAAAUAAUUAUGUAAAUACUUGUUUUUAUUUCAUAUUAAAUAAUUUAUGUGUAGCCACAAAAGAAAGAGUUUUAAACUGAGGCCUAUCCAUCUGAAUAUCUGCUUCCUGAAUGUAUUCUUCAGUUCUAUUUGUCAGCAGUAAAUAUCUCAUAUCUCAAGGUGCCAUUACUUUUAUUUUUUACAUCCAUCACUGAACUUUCAGUCACACUAUAGACAAGCUCAACCUGCUCUGUUUUAUUGAGCACAGUUUGCAAGUAUUGUGCAUUUAUGCACACACAUACACACACAGCUUAAUAUACACUGGAUACGGCCUCAGGCAAUAUGGUGUAUCUACACAAAUGUGCAUAUGGGAACACUGUGUCCAUAUAUUCACACAUACUGUGAGUCUCAAAUGUUUUUCAGUGAUUAUCAGUGCCUUUUGUGAGAAAACUUGCAAGAAUCCACAGCAUGUCAUGUGCCAUAUUUCCUUUGCUAUGCCAUAACUUUCAUUAUAACUGAGUCCUGAGCAUUUGUGCUGUCUGAAAUUAAUCAUUUCAACCUAUUUGUGAUCAUCUCUUGAAUUAAAGCCUUAUCAAAGAUUGAGAUAAAGAUGUUUGGCACCUUUCACAUACAGUGAUGUGAUAAUAAAUACAUGGCCUUUGAAUAAAUUGAGCUCCGGUUUUGCUGUUUCUUCAUAUCUGGAAUUUCAUUACCUGCAUUUUUUCCCCACACUUUUGCACACGUCACUAUACCAAAGUGGUUUAAAUACAAUGAAAUCUGACAUGUCAUAAUGGAAUAUCUGAAUCUACAAAUGAAUUUAACAAAAAAAAACAUGUUUAACUUUAUAUUGUGCAACCUAUAUAUGUUUUUUUUAUUUGAAGCUCACAUUUUACUGUGAAGUUUUGCUCGUCAGUGUUGAGUCUAUUGUAAAUA